AUGAUGCGCCUCCCUUGGUGUCUGGCGCUCCUAUCAAGCGUCUUCCAGGCCGCCGCGGCCCAAGACCUUUCCACGGCAAUAUCAGACAAUCCAAAGCUUUCCUACUUCAAAAAGUUCCUCGACGCCAACCCUGAUAUAUUCGACUCCAUCAUCCCGGACGGCUGGACCAACGUUACCAUCCUGGUACCCACCAAUGGCGCCCUGAAUAGGCACCAUGCUGAGACUGGCAACCGCCUCGAGUCCAUGUCCGAGGACAGGAUCCACGACAUCCUCAGGUACCACACCAUCCUGGGCCCGCUGACCAGCAGCAACCUCACCGCGGCACAGGACGACUACUUGGCCGACGGCGACGACUACUCGGCCGACGGCGACGACUACUCCACCGAGGACGCCUAUGCCCCCCGGCUGUCCAGGCGGCAGCAGGGCAACGCCGUCAACACCCAGGGCGGCCAGCAGGGCGGCCAGCAGGGCGGCCUCCCCGCAGAUACCGCGCUCUCGAUAGCCGCCGGAGUGGCCGGCGCCGCCGCGGUCGGUACCCAGUCCCAGUCUCCCUUCGAUAUACUGAGAAAUGUCAUCAUUAUCAGCCAACGGCCGCUGGGCUUGCGCAGGCGAAGGAUCAGGAGCAGCUCUGGCUCUGAUGGGGACACCGGGGCCCGCGGCGGCCUUGCGUCGGAGAGCACCAUCACGUUUGCGGACGGCAGCUGGGACCGCGGGUACUAUCAGCUCAUCGACAGAUACCUGGAGAUACCCGAUCUUUGCUCCAAGACCAGCCGGCGCAUCCGGAGCCUGGACAAGCUCGACGAGAAGAUGCGGAGGAAUGAUCUCUGGCCGCUGGUCGACAACGCGUUCAACGUCACCUGCCUCGCCCCGAGCAACAAGGCAUUCAGGCACGGUGAGAGGUUUUACAAGAGAACCUUGCAGUACGUGCUGGAGUUUCAUAGACCCGUGCCCGUCCCACGAGAAGCAAGGGCUGCUACUGACCAGAGAUUCCCCUCGAUAAGCCGCCACGUCUUGCCCGGGGUCACCUACACCUACUAUUUGCGCGACGGGCAGGUCCUCAAGUCCCUGGACGGAGGGGACGUGAGGGUCUCCAUCAGGGACGGGUACUACUACUUCAACGACGCCAAGGUCAUAAAGCCGGAUUAUCCGUAA